GGACGUUACCUCUCUUCCUCUCGCUCUCUCCCUUCGCUCGCUGCAUCGACGCUGCGUAGCGGUGCGCGCAUGUGUUACGUUAUUGUCAAGAGCUGUUUUCAGGAUCUCAGUGCUUAGAUAUGCAGAACUGGUACCGAUCUCUUUGAUGACCAUUUAAUAUAUAUAUAUUUUUUAUAAUAAUUCACAACGACCAGGGAUUAAUGCACGCAAUAAAAUAUCGAGAGGCAGUUUUGCAACAUCAUAACGAUGAGAUGACAGGAUGGGAUGUAGCUACAGUUCUGGAAGGGUUAUUAUCUGCCAGGUGGACACACAGUGUACAGUAACCAACAACUUCUGCCACAACAGACGAUUAAUGGGGAGACGAUACGGACUUACCUGCUGCCUCCUCCCUGAACUAAACAAGAAACAGUGAUAAACAGGAAUAUGGAGAUCAACAGAGGAACUCAAAAAUUAAUCCGUUUGGUCUUAUUGCCCGUGGUGUUCCUGGCCACCAUAACAGGGUGCCAGGGCCUGAGGGUGAAGAAGGUGGUGGUGCCGCCCCAUGAGAUCAAGGGAAAGGGCGUGGAGCUGGAGUGCCAAUACGAGCUGGACGGAGACCAGCUGUACUCCCUCAAGUGGUACAAAGGCAUCAAGGAGUUCUUCCGUUACGUGCCCGCAGACACACCGCCCAUACAAGUGUUUGACCUCCCCGGCGUCCACGUAGACACGGGCAAGAGCAGCGACAGGAAAGUAACGUUGAAAGAAGUAUCGCUCAAGACGUCAGGGAAGUACAAGUGUGAAGUGUCAGCCGAGUCGCCGUCUUUCCAUACUGAUUCAGGGGUGGGGGAGCUGCUUGUUGUCCACACACCGGAGAGCGACCCUCACAUAUCUGGUACCCGCAACAAGUACCACGCCGGGGAUGUGGUACAGGUGAAUUGUACCUCCUCACCCUCCAAGCCUGCCGCUGCCCUCAUGUGGUACGUCAACGACGAUCAGGCAGACAGCGCGUUCCUGGUCGACUACGCUCCAGUGCCCAAUGGUGAAGGGCUGGAGACCUCCAUCCUGGGGCUCCACUUCCGCGCUAGGCCAAGUCACCUACGCCAGGGACGUCUUAAGCUUCGCUGCACCGCCACCAUCGCCGCCGUCUACUUCCGUGAGAACACCAUCUACGCCCGCGCCCAUCUUACCCCCCGCCGCGACCCUCUCGAGAGCCAGGGCAUGUUAACUGGCGUGUCAGCGGGUGUAUUGGAUGUGCAGGUGUGGGUAGUGUUGAUGGGUGUGGCUCUUGUGUUGCUGAGGUAACACCCGCCUCCUGCCAUCCUUUCAACCCCCACCACUACCCUGACCUGCCUUGAGUCCCCACAAUCCUUCCAGACAGGUGUGUGUUUCCUCUCAUCUUCCCUCACCCCCUUCCACCACACCUCGCCACCAAGCUACACAGUGCCAAAUAUCACACACUGUUUCACCAACCUGAAAAUACAACCCGAGUGAAACUUGAGAGAGGAAUUCAAAGAUGCAAUGUAAGCAUGUAAGCGUAUAAGUGAAUAUGCAACCUGAACUGCAACUUGAUUAUACUGUAUAUCCUAAGAGUGCAACUUGAGAACAGAACUUAGGAGCAUAGCCACUAACACUUCUUUAGUGUAAUACAAUAUCUGAAUUUACGGUAAUCCAGAGAAAACUUGAAAAUGGCUGAAAAUCUUGCUUAACAUUGUUUGCAAAAAUGCAACGUUUGAGUAUUGUGAUGAUGAUGGAGACCAGUAUUUGUAAAGACUAAUGAGCUUUUGCGUAUUAUUGAAAAUUGGUCUUGAAAAGUAAUUUUAUAUCUGGAUUUUCUCUUCCACUAUCACUUUACGUCGCCAUAAGCUCUUGCAAUAUCCCCUUUUGGGGGAAUUGAUCUUUCAGUGUCACUUAAGUUCACAAAUUUCUCUUGUUAUCACUUUGUCACCCUCUUCUCUUGAAGCAUCAAUGAAAAAUAUAUAUAAAAAACUACGGAAAGGAGAAACCUCAUUACAAGGUCCUUCUACAACUUAGAAUCAAUAUGAAAACUCGUUAAAUGUUCACGAAAUAUAAGAAGCUCCUGCACGAGUCUCGUUACCAUUGAUUGAUGCAAUGAAUUUGUGGUGGGUGACAUAGGAGCAACAUUUACUGCAGAACUCUGUUGAUCUCUAAUUAACUGUCAUUAUCAAGGUACUAGGGAGUCUCAAGAAUCUUUUCUAUUAUUAAGCUGAAGGACAUAGACAAUAAUUUGAAGGGUUGGGUUUCUUAUCUUUCUAAGGAACUUGGUGAAUGUUUGCAUACUUCCAUGAAGAGGUUAAGAUUGAGGUGCGAACAGAUAGUAUGAAAAGUUUGGAGAAUAUCGGUAAAUAACUUUUGAGAACAAGCGGGGGAGAGUAUUAUUCCGACCUGCAGUGUUCUCACUUAUCAAAACGUGCAUUACUUUUCUAUUUAUUUUGUUUUAAAUUUGAUAGCUAAAAUUUCAGGAACUUCCAAAAACAAAAAUGGGGAAUAAUUCGCUCAUCUUCCUGUAGGGCUAAACCUGAACUAAUACUAAAACUUGAGCAGAGUAGAACGACUUUCUCCUGAAAAAAAGUUGAACUCUCAAAACCGCCAGGCGAGUGACCUUAAGAACGCGGGCAAAAACUUUUCUCAUGUUUUAUAAAAUACCAAUCAGAUGAGGAAGGAUGGACAUUGAGCUGACCAAACACACAUAUAGUUAUUAAGUUAGUUUAAAGUUACCUUUAAGCAUUGCUAAAAAUUUAUAUAACCUUUAUUUUUCAAAGGCACUUCAUUGAUGUCUCCAAUUUACCCAUUGUCUCCACAACAAUAUUUGAACCUCUGAAUGAACUGGCCCGUAAAUUUUAACCAGAAAAAUUAUUUAUAAACUAAAGAAAGGAAAAACUAAAUCAAUAUGAAAUGAUAAUUAAUUUUGUUAUUGAAUAAUAAACAAUUAGAAACAAUUUGAGCUUUUAACCUCGAGGAAAUUUUCAUUUAUGUACCUUAAACUUUAACUAAUUUGCGGAAAUUUACACAGAUUAAUGGACUACAAAGAGCGUUGUAUCAACAUAGAUCAGUUUCCUGCAUAACGAGAGUGGAAACUACACACAUAAUUAUCUCUCACGGCAGUUGUCGCGACAGGGAAGAGGAGAAAUAAGUUUGCAUUAUCGCUUAGAGGUAAGAUGUAUCUUGGCAAAAGAUAAUGCAUAAAAAUUAUAUUGCAAGAGAAGAAGAAUAUAAAACAACUAUUACAUAAUAAACCUGUUCAACAAAGGUGAUAUUUGACGAGAUGUAAGCAAAAAGCAGGUGUGAAGUAGCAGGAACAAGUACACUUACAGCAGAAUUAGCAGUAACAGUAGUAACACCACCGAAGGCAGUAAUGUCAACCAGAGAUAUUGUCGCACUAGCAAGGAUAUCAAGAGCAGCAGCAGCAGCAGAACGUGGUAACAGCACUGUCAGAAGUAGUAGCAACAGAGGUCUGGAGUUAGGAACAGCCUCUCUGGAGACAACAGCGGCAGAGGUAAUGCAAGUGCAAAAUUCUUACAAUGUAUAUGAUGGUGAUAGUCUGCAGUGUUUCCUCUCAGUUGCAGCCGCUGUGUGUGUGUGUGUGUGUGUGUGUGUGUGUGUGUGUGUGUGUGUGUUUGUGUGUGUUUAUCUCAGGCUGGUGUGACAAUGAGACACACCCGUGCCACACCCACCCUACCACGCACUCAUCUCAAGGCUCAUUAUCGAUUCUGCAAGCCACCGUGUUGAGGAGCUUAUGAAUCCUUACGUAAUUAAGAGGAAUGUGCAGUUUAACGCCGGGAGGCGCCGGCUGGCAAGGGGCGUUUGUCGCUCAGUUUAGUCAGGGAGCAACAGCAGUGGCAACAGCUGUUGUCGACCUUGUGCUGCUGUUACCGUGAUUCAUUGUCCAGCAGCGGCAACAGCAGAAACAGCAGGUGGUGGAGGCAGUGAGGCUGUGAUUGGAUGGAUGUUCCCGUGUACACACGAUGGCCCCAGAUAUUCCAGUCCUUAGAGAGCUUAGUAAUGCCUCCCUGCUCCGCCACCGCCUCGCCUCGCCUCGCCCCGCCCCGCCCCGCCCCCACCCCAUGUGGAGAUGUGAGAUGAAAUAUGUCAAGUGUACCUCAAGAAUAAACAGUAAAUGUAGUUUUCUAUGGAAUGUUAUCUGCACCGUCUAAAUAUGUUAAUAUAAGCAAAACACAUUUAUUUUUGUUUUUGUGGGAUGUCACGAGUGAGGUAACCAAGUUAUUGCAUAGUGACAUCACGGGGAUGUUACCAUGCCUUUGUGCAGUGACGUAGUCAGGGUAUGGCGACGUUACCAAUAUUUGCAUAGUGACAUCACAAACUCACUUUGCCAUGAUAUCACCAAGUCACUGUACAUUGUCAACACCAGAACACUGUGCAAUGAUAUCAUCAGGCUAUUAUAGAGUGACAUCAGCAGGUCAUUAUAUCGUGACACUGUACAUUGAUAACACCAGGUUAUUGUACAUAAUGUACAGUGAUGUUUGACUAGAUGAUAAUUCUGAUGUCUCCGCACUCUGUAUGGUGAUUCUGACAUCAAUUACUGUAUGAUAAUUGUAUGGUGAUUUUGAUGUCAUUAAAUCAUUGUAUGGUGAUAGAAUGGUGAUUAUGUCAUUAACUCAUUGUAUGAUGACAGUAUAGUGAUUAUGAUGCUUUUAGACAAUAUACUGUAUAAUGAUUAUGAUGGCGAUUGUUUUGUCACUAAACAAUUUCGUGGUAAUUCUGAAGUUACUAAAUCACUAAACGGUAAUUAUGAUGGUGAUUAUGACGUCAUUGAGUUACUGUAGUAGUGUCUGAAUCACUGUAACAUAUGGGUCACUGUAUUAUUUGAGCUACUGUAUGGUUUUUAAUUUUCUUUACCUUACGAAGUUCAAUCACAUUAACGAUAGCAAAUAAAACUCUGAAAAUGAAUUAAAAUUUUCAUUACGAAUAAAUGUUUUUAUUAAAAAAUUCCAAUUUAAUUUUCGGACCACUCUUGUUUGCCUCCUCCAUUUGACUCCACGU